AUGGAAGGCUCGUGGACGUCUGGUCGGCAGAUGUCUAAUAGUUCUAGGGCAUUGACAUCUUCGUCGGACUUUGAUAGAAAUUCUAGAAUUAUCCGUGCAAGAAAUAUCAGGUCCUCAGGUGACGAUACAACCCAAGAGUCUGGGUUCAUGUCCGGAAGAAAGGGGAGGGAAACAAGUCUCUGGCCACAUGCCACCCACUGUAGAACACAAGUUAGAGACACUGAAGAUUCUGCCUCUAUGGAGCCCAGCGACAAAACUGCGCAAUCCGGUGAUGUUAAUUUGAGACAAUGGUUGAAUAAUCCAGAAAGGAAAGUGGAUGCUCUGGAAUGCCUUCACAUAUUUUCUCAAAUUGUGGAUAUUGUUAACCUGGCGCAUUCUCAGGGAAUUGUUGUUCGCAAUGUGCGGCCGUCAUGCUUUGUCAUUUCCUUGUUUAAGCGUGUCUCUUUCAUAGAGUCUGCUUCUUUUCUGGAUGCGGGUUCAGAUUUUCUUGAAGACAGGUCCAAAAGCCAAGCGGUUGACUUUAAAGGUCUGGUGAUGCAUGCUUCUGAAGCCAGCGACAAUGAGCGAACAGAAGAUAAUAAGUAUUAUUUCCCAAUGAGACAAAUAUUGCUCAUGGAAUCCAACUGGUACAGAAGUCCAGAAGAACUUUCCAGGGGAACUAAUUCUUGUGCUUCAGACAUUUAUCAGCUCGGAGUCCUUCUCUUUGAACUAUUCUGCACAUUUAGCUCUCUAGAAGAAAAAAGCACAACUAUGGAAAGCCUGAAACAUCGCGUCCUCCCUCCUGAGUUGCUUCUGAAGUGGCCUAAAGAAGCUACAUUUUGCUUAUGGUUGCUGCAUCCUGAGCCAAGUGGCCGGCCUAGAAUGAGGCAACUGUUGCAAAGUGAUUUUCUGAAUGAACCAAGAGAUAGCAUAGAAGAACAAGAAGCUGCUAUGGAGCUUCAAGAAAAAAUAGAGGAGCAGGAAUUAUUGUUGGAAUUUCUUAUGGUGACGCAGCAAAGGAAACAAGAUGCUGCAGAUAGCUUUCAUGAGACAAUCUCCUUUAUAUCUUUUGACAUAGAAGAAGUCACAAAGCUGCUUAUGGCUCUCAGGGCAAAAGGAGGUUCGAGUUUAGAGUUGGGGAAGAAUUCGACUUCAGGUCCAGAUAGAAUAAUUAUUAAUGAUGAUGAUGAUGAUUCUGGUAGCUCAGUGUCUAGAAAGCGUUUCAGGCAGGGUCUUUAUAACAAUAACCCGGAAGAAUCUGAUGGUCAGGCAGAUGAGCAUCAGAAAUCAGAAAUGCCUUCUGGACAACAAGGAAAUGUUCUCUCCAAAAGUUCUCGACUGAUGAAGAAUUUCAGAAAAUUGGAAUUGGCUUACCUUUUGACAAGACGCAGGUCUGCCAAACCAGUAGCCAGACCAUUGACUCAACAUUCUCCAGUUAGCAGCAAUGUUAAGGGAUCUAUGGCAGUUACUGAAAAAAGUUCGAUUAGUAAUCUUUCAACUAAAGAACAGUAUAGUGAGUGUAGGCAAGGUGGAUGGGUGAAUACAUUUUUAGAGGGAUUAUCUAAGUAUCUCUCUUUUAGUAAGCUAAAAGUUAAGGCUGACUUGAAGCAAGGGGAUCUUUUAAAUUCAUCCAACCUGGUGUGCUCGCUGAGUUUCGACCGUGAUGGUGAUUUUUUUGCAACUGCUGGUGUAAACAAGAAGAUCAAAGUUUUUGAAUAUAAUUCCAUCAUAAAUGAAGAUCGGGAUAUUCAUUAUCCUGUGGUGGAAAUGACAAGUAGAUCAAAGCUUAGCAACCUAUGUUGGAAUGGCUAUAUCAAAAGCCAGAUCGCUUCCAGUAACUUUGAAGGGGGGGUGCAGGUAUGGGAUGUCACGAGAAGCCAGAUAUUCAUGGAAAUGAAAGAACAUGAGCGGCGCGUCUGGUCUAUUGACUUCUCAGUGGCAGAUCCAACAAUGCUGGCCAGCGGGAGUGACGAUGGCUCUGUUAAGCUCUGGAAUGUCAAUCAGGGAGCAAGUGUUGGUACCAUUAGAACAAAGGCCAAUGUUUGCUGCGUUCAGUUCCCCAUGGAUAAUGGCCAUUUCCUGGCUUUUGGUUCUGCUGAUCAUAGAAUAUAUUACUACGAUCUACGUAACUCAAAAAUGCCUCUAUGCACUUUAGUUGGGCAUAAUAAAACCGUGAGCAAUGUGAAGUUCAUAGAUUCAUCUACUCUUGUUUCGGCAUCUACGGAUAACACAUUAAAGCUUUGGGAUUUGGCAAGGAGUACAUCAAGAGUUCUAGAUUAUCCUCUCCAAUCAUUUACGGGACACCUUAAUGUAAAGAAUUUUGUUGGCUUAUCCGUAUCUGAAGGUUAUAUCGCGACUGGCUCGGAAACAAAUGAGGUGUUCGUAUACCACAAAGCUUUCCCCAUGCCUGUAUUAUCAUUUAAAUUUACUGGCACGGAUUCACUUUGUUUUGAUGACAUGGAUGGCACCGCACAAUUUAUCUCAUCCGUCUGCUGGCGUGAAUCAUUGGCACUUGGGAAGCAAAAACAAAUGCUUAUACCGGGACAAAAGGUGAAAAGAAAAGUAACUUACAGCCAGAGGAGCGGAUUCCUACGAUCUGCUUUAUAG